CCCCCCUUCUCUGAUAUGAAAUCAGAUGUCUUGUCUUUCGUCCUUGCAGAGACGGGUGGAGUCUGCAUCGCCCCUCGUCCUGCAGAGGAAGGAGCUCCGAUCAUCCCAGCGAUGGCGAUGAGGCCGUUCUUUGGCAUCCAGCCGGUUCUCAUGGGACAGAAGGGUGAACCCCUCUCCGGUAACUCCGUCAGCGGCGCUCUGUGCAUCAGCCAGCCAUGGCCUGGGAUGGCUCGCACCAUCUACGGAGACCACCAGAGAUUCGUCGACGCGUAUUUCAAACCGUAUCCUGGUUGUUACUUCACUGGAGACGGAGCGCACCGGUCAGAGGACGGCUACUACCAGAUAACCGGCCGGAUGGACGACGUCAUCAACGUGAGCGGUCACCGUCUCGGGACGGCAGAGAUCGAGGACGUUCUGGACGAACAUCCAGCAGUUCCAGAGACGGCUGUGAUCGGAGUCCUGCAUGACAUCAAGGGAGAAGUGCCGUUUGCCUUCGUGGUUUUGAAGGAGGAGUUUGGUGACGACGCCCCCGCCAUCCUCCAGCAGCUCAGAGAACUCGUCGCCACAAAGAUUGCCAAAUAUGCCGUCCCGGAGCACUUCCUGGUGGUGAGGCGACUGCCGAAGACUCGCUCCGGGAAGAUUAUGAGGCGGAUCCUUAGGAAGGUUGCCAUGGAGACGACGGCUGACCUCGGCGAUGUGUCGACCCUGGACGAUCCGUCCGUGGUCAAGGAGAUUAUCGCGGCCCAUGAGCUCUACAGGAAGCAGAGACGAGGAGACGAGGAGAAGAAGAAGAAGAAGUAGGAACUUCCUGUCUGAGCUGUCGCCGCCGUUUUUUAAAACACGGGCAGGAAGUGGGCGGGGCCGAGCAGGCCCUCAGGCAUUCCUCAGGUCACUGUGCUCAGAAGCUCCUCCCACCUCGCUGCAGUUACCCACAAUCCCCUGCUCCUCUGAGUCCCCCACCAGGCUUCAUGUAAAAACACCAUAAAACAUUUGAACUUCACCUCUGGCGCUCCAGUUUAUCACACAAUCACUGAAGGAGGGGCCUCUGUGGGCUCCUCCCACCUGAUGAGUCUGACCAAUCGGACACAAGCACAUUUACCUGCUGCAGCAGUCACCUGGUGGAGGAGACCGGUGAGAUCCAGGUUUGUUGUUUGUUUUCAGGAACGUGACGCAGCUCAUUUAUUGGUCCUCAGGUGACAUCAUGUUCCACCUGUCAGGUGUUCCUGUGCAGCGGCCAUCUUGGAUCUGAACGACCUCACAGGGCAGCCGAGCGCUUCUGUGUGUUUCAAGUUUUUAAAAAGGUUUCAUCACGUUUUAGUUUUAGAGACUAAACUCCAGUUUUAAUUAAAUGAGAUUUAGAUCAAUUAGAUCAGGUCUGAUUUCUGACUUCAGAUCAGAUUUAUUUAGCUGAUUUCAGCUGAUUUAUUGACAGUUAAUGAUUCUUGUGUGUUGAACGUGCAGAAAUAAACUCUCACUACUGAACCUGAA